GCUCGCUAUUAAAACUAUCGGCCGCUUUCUUAAACAUCUAAAAAUUCGUUUCGUAGGUCAGCACACCACUGUGGUGUGGUAGCACCCGAAACCUAAGUUUUGAUUUCUUAAACGCUGGCGCACCGACCCGUGUGUUGUUAGGUAGACAACGAUACUCGUACUCUAGCAUCCCAUACAAAUGCGGACGAUUCGCAAGUGUUGGUACCCCUCCUCGUAGAAGAUUGGCAGGCCUGUGUAUCAGCUGAUGUAAACAAAGCGCCAUUUUCAAACAGUUCAUGCUGGAGUGUACACGCUUCUCGCAGCUCAACACCACCAUGGCUACCAGGGACCUAAAAGGCACACCACUCUCUUACGCCCAGAAGUUGUAUCUCGUGAGACAAAUUAGAGAUCACCCUGUGGUACACACGAAACCUUCAAACUACACUAGUAUACUGGAGAGAAAAGCCGCGUGGGAGACAAUAACUAAGAACUUCAAUGUAUGUUUCUCCACGGCGGAGCCCAAGAAUACUCAUCAGCUGAAGAAGACUUGGGAGUACUUAAAGAAUAAAGUGAAGAAGGAUCACAGCAGGUACAUCCGGGAAACCCAUCAGACUGGUGGUGGGCCACCACCAGCCCCACCAAAACCAGCUGAUGAGGUAACGCUGAUUGUACAGCUGAUCCUUAAUAAUAGGCUGCCAGUACCUGACGACAUCUUUGAUAGUGAAUUUGUAGAAGCAUGCGUACUGGCCCGACUCAAUUCCACAGCACUGGAAUGUGCUGACACACCUGAAGCUGCAGGACAGCAGCCAGCACAAGAUCUGGUCUUGGACAACCCUGGCAGUCCACUUAUCAUCAGGAGUGAGGACUGUGAACUUAUAGAUGCGGAAGAUGAUGUGGACCUCCCAGGUGCUAGAACCUCCGCUCAUCCUGUACUAAAAAAAGGCACCUGCUCUGCUCGCAGCAGUAGUGCCACAGCUGCCACCCAAAACCAGUCCUUCACAGGACGAAAGAGGAAGGCAGCAGAAAGCAAAUCUGCUGCUUAUGGCAGGUGUGCCAAGCAGCAGAAACACUUUCGUGAUGAACUGGCCUCAACAUUUGAGGCCCUUGCUGCAAAAGUGGCGACAACGCUGGACAGCGUAGCUUCUGCUGCCGAUAAAAUUGGGUCGGCGGCAGACAGAAUGGCAUCUGCUGCAGAGAGAAUUGCUGCAGCCCUUGAAAGGGUAGCUGGUAUACACCAACCACUACCAUAAGGUACCACUGAAGAAAAUAAAAAUAAAGAAUAACUUGAAGUGUA